AUGCCUUGUAUGCAACUUUAUGUAUGGGGACCUGCUUUUAAUGCACCCUCCAUUGAUCCCAAAUGUAUUGUCAUCGAGUCUUAUUUACGUCUUGUACAACAAAACUACACAAUUGUCAAAUGCAACGAUCCUCAACAAAGUCCAACUGGUGAAUUGCCUCUGUUGAAUGAUGGAUCUGCUUGGGUUGCUGGUGUGGACCGUAUUCUCAAUUACUUGUCUCAACGUGAUAAAGAUGCCAACAAAGACCUCAGCGCAGAACAAAAGGCAGAUUACACUGCUUAUUCUGCAUUAGUCCAGGAUAAGCUCUAUGAUUGCAUGCUUUAUACAUGGUAUGCAGAUUCCACCAAUUUCAUCAAACAUAUUCGACCCACCUACGCAACACUAUUAUCCUUUCCUAAUCGAUACAUUGUGCCUAUCCAACUCAAGAAAAGUGCCAAAGCUAGAUUAGAGAAAUACAAUGUCGAGAUCAUCAGAGAUGACGUUGGAUUGCCACAAAACGAAAAGGAGGAGAUGAAGGAGCUGUUGAAAUCUGGAUGGCAUCAUAUGUUCCAAUUGGCCAGAGAGACUUACGGCAUUUUACAAUCACAAUUGGGUGAGCAAGAUUACAUGUUUGGCGAGCAAGCGACUACAUUGGAUUGCAUUGUAUUUGGCUAUUUAGCCUUGCAUUUAUAUCCUGAUUUAUCGCACCGAAGACUGCAGCACAUUCUCACCAACGAAUACCCAACACUAGCCCGCUACUGCGACAGAAUGAAACAACUUUUAUUUGAGCAAGAACUCGUCGAAUCUGAAGCUGCAGAGGAUGUCCCUUCGCUCUGGAGAACAUUUAGAAACAACCCGAUGGGAUUCUUGGGUACAGUCAAAGACGACGUUGUUUCAUACAUGGGCACCGAGACAGAGGAUAAAAAAGAAAAGAGUCAAUCCCAAGUCGAUUUUGAGCGCAAGCGUAUUUGGUCUAUUGCGGGUGGUGUUACAUUCUUCUUGGCCUAUGUUAUAUAUAAUGGCAUUGUGAGCAUAGAUUUGAGCGGUGAAGAGGACUACGAGUAUGAAUAUGAAGAGGAGUAUGAUGAUGAAUAG